GUGAGACCACGUCCACACGCGCUCCACAAUCCCUCCAGAGGACAGGAAGCCAAACUAUGAAGCUUUAGCGAAAACACGCAGCUGAGCGUUUGUCACCGCAACCCGACGACUUUUGGGGGCAUUUUGCUCAGUGUUCCUGACUUUAAGGGAGUCGCGCUCGUGCAGAAAAACCCCGUCCUGUUGCGCUCCGAGUGUCCAUGUGGAUACGAGGACAAGUUUGUACGCCUUGUUUUUAAAAAGCACAACGGAGUAGCAUCAGUCGAUUUUGUAUUAUCAUUUUUUUUUUAUUCGUCGUCUGCUGUCAGGUCGUCGGGACGUUUUUGUUUUUUUCGGGGCAGUUUGCAGAGAGAAGAAUGCUGCCCCAGAUCCUCCUGGCCUGUGGUCUCUGCUGCUUUGGGUUUACCUCGGUCACUGCGAAUGUACUCAAAGCUGAGGGUUGGUUGCAGCAGUAUGGCUACCUGCCUCCAGGUGACGUCAGAGCCCAGGCCAUCCGCUCGCCAAAGUCCAUUGAAACCGCGAUAUCAGCCAUGCAGAGGUUUUACGGUUUGACCGUCACCGGCUCCAUCGACUCCAACACAAUAGAGGCGAUGAGCCGGCCCCGGUGUGGCGUCCCGGACAAGUUCGGCCCGCAGCUGAAAACCAACCUGAGGAGGAAGAGAUACGCGGUGCAGGGUCUGAAGUGGGACAAGUCAGAGGUGACCUUCAGCAUACAGAACUACACCCCUAAGAUCGGGGAACAAGGCACAUACGAAGCCAUCAGAAGAGCCUUCAAGGUUUGGGAGGACGUGAUCCCGCUGACCUUCAGGGAGAUCCCCUACAGCCACAUCAGGGACAAGGUCGACAAGUUCGCAGACAUCAUGCUCUCGUUCUCGGAGGGUUUCCACGGCGACAGCACGCCAUUCGACGGCGAGGGCGGCUUCCUGGCUCACGCGUACUUUCCCGGACACGGCAUCGGCGGAGACACACACUUUGACCUCGCAGAGCCCUGGACCACCGGGACCACAGACCAGGGGGGUAAUGAUGUGUUCCUGGUGGCGGUCCAUGAGCUGGGUCACGCUCUGGGUCUGGAGCACUCCAACGACCCCUCUGCCAUCAUGGCCCCCUUCUACCAGUGGUUUGAGACGGAAAACUUCCAGAUCCCGUACGACGACCGCAGAGGCAUCCAGGCAAUCUACGGAACCAAGUCUGGGGCUCCCCCUCCUCCCCCGCCGCCCCCUCGACCCACGAAGCCGUCCACCCCCGACAACGGCCCGGACAUCUGCGAGGGACACUUUGACACCAUCGCGAUCCUCAGAGGGGAAAAGUUUGUGUUCAAGGACAAGUGGUUUUGGCGUGUGCGUAACAACAAGGUGUUGCCAGGUUACCCGAUGACCAUCAGUCACUUCUGGAAGGGCCUGCCCUCCAACAUCAACGCCGCCUACGAGAGGGACGAUGGGAAAUUCGUCUUCUUCAAAGGUGACAGGUAUUGGGUUUUCAACGAGGCCAGCAUGGAGAAGGAUUCUCCCAAAAGCCUGAAAGACCUGGGCACCGGUUUGCCCAAAGACAAGAUCGAGGCUGCUCUCUUCUACACACCGACGGGACAGACGUACUUCUUCAGAGGCAACAAGUACUACCGCUUCAACGAGCAGACUCGCACCGUGGACAGCGGUUAUCCGAAGCCCAUCAGCAUGUGGAGCGGCGCGCCGGAAAACAUUAAAGCUGCCAUCAUGAGCGAAGACGGAUCGUACACUUAUUUCUACAAAGCCAACAAGUACUGGAAGUUCAACAACCAGUACAUGAAGGUGGAGUCCGGCUACCCCAAGUCUGUGCUCAGCGACUGGAUGGGCUGCGAAGACGAGGAGCCCAAGAAGGGUCGGGAAGAGGAGGUGAUCAUCAUCGAGGUGGAGGAGUCGCAGGGCGGGGCGGGGCCGGCGGCCGUGGUGAUCCCUCUCCUCCUGCUGGUGCUGGUCGUGGUCACCCUGGGAGCGCUUUUGUUCUUCAGGAAGUACGGCACGCCUCGGCGCCUCCUCUACUGCCAGAGAUCCCUCCUGGACAAGGUGUAGGCGGGAGCGGCGGGGUGAUUGACAGACUGCCUGCAGAGGGACAGAGAGAGAGAGAGGGGGGAGAGAGAGAACGAGGGCCGGGUGAAGGUGGAAACUGAGAGGAUGGAAGAAAUGGAAGAGGGCGAGACGGCGACCGGAGGAAGAAAUAAUGGAGGAUAGGAGGGAGGACAAUGUGUUAAUGGGUGGGUGGGAGAAAAAGAAGAAGGAAAAAAAAGGCCCUAGAAACUGAAAUCAGGAAAAUGUGUAUUUGUAUGUUAACUAUUUACAUGUACUGCUCUGUGCUCAGAGAUUAACAACAUACCCACAAUCUCACACAGAGAAGGGUAAUGUACAAAGAGACUCAUCAACGACUUCCCUCCCGCCUCUCCUCUCCUCCCCCAGGUAUUAAAAAAAGCAAACGUCCCUCCUUCCUUCCUCUCCUUUAACUUUAACUCGACGACUCCAGCUGAACUGCUGUCUGAUUCCUGUCUAAGAAUGAGAUCUGUGUUUCACUUUUGGGGGUUUUUUACUCCGAAAAUUCAUCUCCUCCUAGUUUUUGCUCUGAAAUACUUUUGCUGUCAAACAAUCUGUUGAGGGUUUAUUUUGGGGAGUUUGAAAUUAAUUCAUUUCAACGCGACAUUUUUGCUCUCGAAUCCACUGUUUUGGCAAAGUUUUGAUAUUCGGCAAUGCGGUAUUUCCUCAAAUGUUUUUUUUAUUUUAUUUUACCACUAAUUAGGGCUGGGUAUCUGCUUCUCUAGUACAGUCUAGACUGCACAUAGCAUUCAAACUAUCACGUUGGCAUUACAUUUCAGAUACGUAAACUAUGUUUACUUAUAUUACUUUCAUCAAAUAGUUUCAGAUUUUAUACAAAAUGCUGCCAAUUUUAUUGAGAACUUCUUAUUAAUGUUAAAAUUCCCUUAUUUCUCAAAGUAAGAACAACUAUUGUUUUGAUAUCGGUAAUCGGCAUGGAACAUAUUAAAGCGAUACCUAGCCCUACUCCCAUCAGCUCCACACUCAAGCAUGACCACGUUCAGGAUUUGUUUAUCCAGGAUUACGUCCACAAAAGUCAGACUCAUCGUGUGGCUGCUGGAGGCGAUUUUCUCUUUGUAUGUUUUUAACCAGAAACUCGAUUCACAAAGCAUUAACUCUUCUUUUCCGUGCAAGCAGUCAGACGGGAAAAAUAUUUUUCUUUUAAAAAAUUUUUUAAAAAACGUGACGCUUUAACUCAGUUUUCAAACACUCAAGUACAUUUUGUUGUUGACCAAUAGGAGCAGAGCUGCUUGUUCAGAAAAAUGUGUCAGAAAGCGGUACAGUUUCCAACAGUAUAGUGCAAUUUUUAAUUAUUAUCGUUGUUAUGGGAAAGUGUUGUUAUUAUAAGUAUGGUUAUUGUUAUUAUUGUUCUCCUGGUAAAGUUAUAGGGACUCUUUUUGUUUUGUUGCUUUUGUACAUUGUCAUUCGGAGUCCUGCUGGACAGAGGCGUAACGUGACAAUGGUGGAGAUGAAUCCCAGUUUACACUCGGCAUGUGAUGAAUUAGAUCAGGGAGUUUAUUUUUACUCUGAAUAACACAGAAUUACAAGCGAUGCUAUUUAUGAACUCUGAUGGUUUCAUGGUGCUCAAUGAUUCUUUUUUUUUUUUUAACAUAAAUCAAAAAUGUAAGGUGAUUUAUUUCAGUUAAUAACAAUGAUAAUGGUAAUGAUAUUUAUAAUGAUGAUCAUAUCAAUAAAAUGGAAUGAGAUUUU